GGGGAAAAGGAAGACAAGGAGUGCAAGAUUUAUAAGGGGAAGCCGACACGGAGAGAGAAUCUCACUGAGGAAUUUUUACAGUUUGCGCAAACGUUAAACUGACACGUGGGUGCUGACUAGUAUCAAGUGGGUUAGAAAUAAAAUUAAAAUUAAAUUAUAUUUAAAUAAAUUUUUGUUGAUAUUUAUAUUUUUUUUAUUUUUCUUAGAGAUAUUUUUAAUUUAGUUAAAAUCAUAAAAUUUAGAUAAAAUAAAUAAUACUCCCUUCUUUUACAUCUUAUGUUUAGAUAUGACUUAUUUUGCCCUCAUAAUUACUAAACGAAUCUAACAAUAAGUAAAAGAAGAAUAUAUUGUCCACGUCAGCUCUAAAAAUCCACCAAUAGCGUCAUCUGUUUUUGCUACGUAAGCCACCAAAUUAGUAUUCGGUUGGGCUUUUUAUUUCGUUUGAUCCGUCAAAUAAUUUUGUUUGUUUGGCCCAUUAAAACCCAAAGUAUUGAAAUCCUAAUACCCUUUUACGAGUGUCGAUUCCUUUGGUCUUCCUCUUCGUCGUUUCCUUUUCUCCCUGGCCGAUCAAUCCUAAUAAACAUUUCUAACUCUUCUGCAAUCAAACCUCCACUAACCUCAUUAAUGGCAUUGUUUCGCAUUUAUUCCUCUGAUUUUUUUCAUAAUACUCUUCUUCGGAGUUUAAUCUCAAUCAAAACUCUUUGUGCUCUCUACGAUGAAUCCCAACGGCGAAUCCCCUGUUUUCGACGAUCUUAUCUCCAAGAAACCAAACGGAAAGGACAGUGUCUCCUCCGACGAGCCGAUCAAAUGUACCGGCCAAAGCGGUGUCUCUUCCGCCAAAGCUGUCUCCGGCGAUUCUUUGUCGAAGAAACCAAACGUCAAGGCCGUUGUCUCCUCCGCCGAGCCCAUCAAACAUAGCAGCGGAACCGGUUUCCCUAAAUCUCAGCCUAUAUCUUCAUGGUGGUGAUUUGAUCAAGUGGGACAAGGCAAGGAUCGGGUUCUACGUUGGAAUCGAUAUAGCUGAAGGGUCGGUUGAAGAUUGUCGAACGCGUUAUAAUGGUGAUGUAGACCAGCACCAACGUCGUUAGAAGUUCAGCUUUCCUCCUGUUUAUUAUGUGGGGAUUGUUUUGAGUUUGCUAUGCAAUACUCAUGAACUACUGAGGCAUGUGUACGACGGGCUUUGGCAAUGUCUCAGCUCUUUUUCUGAGGCGUCUUUAUCGGAACAAUGCCUGACGCCAAUGUUAUCAUUAAAAAACUUCGACAAGCUGAAGGUUUGGAGAUUGCUAAUAGUGUAUACUGGAUUCGUUUUGGUGAAUGGUUUUCUCAAAAGAAAUUCAAAUCUAGCAGCCCCUUUGGUAUCGAAUACGUCUUUACCUUGAGGUUGACAUUAUCCCAUGAACAGUAUGAUCUAGAGUUAGUGUUUGUGAAGAACUCACACGAGUUUGUCCAUGAGUAUAUGAAAAAAACAGAGUUCGUAGAACUCAUGAGAAGGCUUGGUGCUUUGGGUGAUGGUAACCAAGACCAGAGCACGUUAUCAACUGAUGAAUGGGACGCUGCAUAUCUAUACCUCUCUUUUGUCUUGAGGAAGAGAGGAGGAGAAUCUGAUGGAGGUCAGAGGAGAGGAGAGAGGAGGAAGAAUGGGAAAAUAAACUUAUCUAAAGACGAUGUUUUGUAUAUUGACAACGAAAGUGUAAAAGAGUGUAACUUUACUCAACAGAGAGUGUCUUAAGACUCUGUUUUCGUCUCGCCUUUUGUUUAGUUUAGAAAUUAUGAUCCAUUCAUAGAGAGAGAGAGAGGACAAGAAACCGCCUAAUAAUAUGGUAGUCGUUGAACACUUAUGUUAUCAAAUGUGCUAGGCUUUAGCAGAAAAUACCAUCAGGAUUCUUAUUACAA